CUGUCGUGUGACUGUCACGGUACCGCCGCCCACUGACUCUUAAAGCGAGCGAUCGUGUUUCGUUUCCAAACACUAUUCUGCUAGCAACACAUUUUCGGAAUGCCUCCUUACACCAUUACCUACUUCGCUGUCCGAGGCCGAUGUGGUGCCAUGAGGAUCAUGAUGGUGGACCAGGGCCAGAAGUGGAAGGAAAACGUGGUGGCCUUUGACGAGUGGAUGAAGGGCGACCUCAAAGCCACCUGUGUAUUUGGACAGCUUCCAAAGUUCGAAGAUGGUGAUCUUGUCCUGUUCCAGUCAAAUGCUGUUCUGCGUCACCUGGGUCGCAAGCAUGGGGCGUAUGGCAGUAAUGACAAGGAGGCCGCCCUUAUCGACAUGAUGAAUGAUGGUGUUGAAGACAUUCGUAUGAAAUACCUUAAAAUGAUCUACCAAGACUAUGACACUGGUAAAGACCAGUAUAUCAAAGACCUGGCUGGACACCUGUCAAAGUUUGAUGCUGUCCUAGCUAGCAACAAAAGUGGCUUUCUUGUUGGUGACAAGAUUUCCUUUGCAGAUUACAGUCUCUUUGAAGUCCUGCUCAAUCACCAGGUCCUGUGUCCCUCCUGUCUGGAUUCCUUUCCUGCCCUGAAAAGCUUUGCAGCUAUGAUGGCUGCUCGUCCGAAUAUCAAGGCCUUCCUUGGCUCUGAUGACUACAAGAAACUUCCAAUCAAUGGCAAUGGGAAGCAGUGAUAAAUCAUAUUUUUUUUGUCUAGUGCACUUAAUUGGCUACUGUCUCUUUGCAAGUAACCUGCAUCUUCUGUGCAGCUUUAUGCAUUCCUGAUAUGAGAACCUGUACCAGCAAUAGCUGUCUUAAUAAACUGAGUUGCAUUUGGCAGACUACUA